CUUGUCUCGCUCUCUCUUCUCCUUCUCCUCCUUCUUGUCGUCUCUUCUUCCUUCUCCUCAAGUCCCCUCCGCGUGCACGUCCUCCCCGCUCGCCUCGCGCAGCAUGCAGGUGUCUGCGGGCCUCCUCGCGUGCAGCGCGGCGCUGCUGCUGCUGCAGGGAUGCUGCACCGCCGUGAAGGGAUGGAAGGUGCUCCAGAACGGGGCCACGGAGAUUAUACCGGAGUACCGGGGAAGCACUCCUCAGGAGGAGAUACCGCAGGAGAGCAACGGGAACAGCAACAACAACAACAACAACAACAACAACAACAACAACAACAACAACCACCACAACAAUAGUAACAGUAUGAAUAACAGGGCGAAAACCGGCGGAAGGACAGCGAACACGGUCUCCUACAGUGCCGCGGAGCUGAGCUGCAGGGAGCUGCGCUCCACCCGCUACAUCACCGACGGAUCCUGCCGCAGCGCCAAGCCGGUGAAGGAGCUGGUGUGCUCGGGCCAGUGCGUGCCGGCGCACCUCAUGCCGAACACCAUCGGCCGCGGCAAGUGGUGGAGGGCCGCGGCGGGGGGGGGCGGCGCCUCGGAACACCGCUGCAUCCCGGCCCACUCCCGGACGAGGAGGGUCCGGCUGCACUGCCCCAACGGCAACACGCGGACUUACAAGAUCCGCGUGGUCACCUCCUGCAAGUGCAAGCGCUUCAGGCCGCACCACAACCUGUCGGAGGCCAAGGAGGUGCCGAAGGCGACGCCGCGCGGCAAGAAGCACGGACGCCUGGCUCAAGACCGGAGCAAGAACAACACGCCGACACUGACGGGCAACUCGUACUGACGGCCCCUCAAAGCACACACACACACACACACACACACACACACACACACACACAACGACCAACUGAUCUCCUUCGAAUAAGGGAGGAAGUGCUAAAGAAAUAUCAAAGAGAGUAAAUAUUCAUAAGCUAAUUGCCGGGCUGGUUUUUAAAGUCAUCAGUCUUUUGAUUUUAUUUUAUUUUUCCAUCAUAUUUUGUGAACUCUGCUGCUUAUUUGCAUGAGAAA